GCUGGGAAACUGGAGGGGAAUCCGCGGAAGGAAGCCCAGCCUGUCCCCCAGGGGAGAAGCGGGGCGCCUCGGCUAACGGGCUCGAAGAGAGUCGGGGGGCUCGACUAGAUUGUCCGGCCCGAUCUUUCAUUCCCCUUCCCUGAGAUGAUUGGCGGGAAAAUGGCGCGGAAAGAAACCGGACCCUUCAUUAUGCAUUUCAUUUGCAUACUUCAUUUGAAAAGUGAGCAGGCAGCAAAGGGUUAUUGCAUCAGCGAACAGAAUGGAUUUGACUCCAGUAAUGGAAAAAACUAUCAAGCCAUUGAUCGCAGAUCAGUUCAUCAGAUCUGCUCAGGCCAGGUGGUGCUGAAUCUAUGUACCGCUGUAAAAGAGUUGGUGGAAAACAGCCUCGAUGCUGGCGCUACUAACGUUGAAGUGAAGCUUAAAGAUUAUGGAGCAGAUCUUAUUGAAGUCUCUGAUAACGGUUGUGGUGUAGAAGAGGAUAACUUUGCGGGCUUGACACUGAAGCAUUAUACUUCCAAGAUCCAAGAUUUCUCUGACCUCAUCAGCGUGGAAACGUUCGGCUUUCGUGGUGAAGCUCUGAGUUCGUUAUGCGCGUUAAGCAACGUUUCCAUUGUCACUUGUCACAAGGUCCGCCAAUUGGGACCCCGGCUGGCGUUUGAUCACAGCGGGAACAUCACCCGGAGAGUCCCGUUGUCCCGGCCACCGGGGACCACCGUCAGCAUUCAGCAGCUGUUUCAUACUUUGCCGGUCCGACACAAAGAAUUCCAUCGUAACAUAAAGAAGGAGUUUGCCAAAAUGGUCCAGAUACUGCAAGCGUACUGCAUCAUUUCCACCAGGGUUCGAAUAAACUGCACCAACCAAGUUGGUCAAGGGAAGAAGCAGGCCGUGGUGUCCACCAGCGGAAGUUCUACUUUAAAAGAAAACAUUGGUGCCGUAUUUGGACACAAACAGGUGCAAACCCUGAUUCCCUUCGUGCAGCUGUCACCGAGUGGAGAAGUCUGCGAAGAAUACGGCUUGAACAUUUCCGCCCUGCCCACUAAACUUUAUACGAUCGUGGGAUUUGUUUCGCGGUGCAAUCACGGCGAUGGGAGGAGCACAACGGAUCGGCAGUUCUUCUUUAUUAACCAGCGGCCGUGCGACCCAGGAAAAGUUUCCAAAGUUGUAAAUGAAGUCUAUCAUGUGUAUAACAGGCACCAAUAUCCAUUUAUUGUUCUUAACAUCCGUGCAGAAUCUGGAUGCGUGGACAUCAACGUGACUCCGGAUAAAAGGCAGAUCUUACUCCAGGAAGAAAAGCUUUUAUUAGCAAUCCUAAAAACAUCCCUGAUGGCAAUGUUUGGCACUGACGUUAAUAAAUUGGUGGUGAAUCAAAAGCUGACCGAUGUUGAAGGGACCAUGAAAAGUUUCCUCCAAAACGAGAGAGAUGCGUCCCCCUUGGAAACGUCAGCCUGUCCUUUGCCUCCAAAUCGGGACGAGAAAUCGAAAAUAAUUGCUCGUCUGAAGGAAUCCUUUUCUCGGGGGAAAACACCUGCUUUUCAGGAGGCCAAGAAAGCCCAACCGAAGGAUGUGCCCGCCAGUCAAGGACUGCUCCAGAUGUUCGCCGGUUUUUCAGCCUCUUCCCGAAAGAAAAUUCUUCUCCAUGAGGAAUCUGAAGACGGAAGCGAGGUGGAUGGGAGGAAUUCCCCGCUUGCAAGCCGGAAGUUGGAGAAAUCGGACGAAGAUACGGAUUCUGGUUUGGGGAGCAUCUCCGCCGAGUCAGAUGGGGGGUUGAGCAGAACCCCAGAAAUGGCUGUCCACUUUAGAACCGAAAGCGCUGCGGGUUCUUCCGGAGGAGAACCCCGUCUUUUUAGCGGAGAAAUCCAGAGCAGCGAAGGUGGAUCUGGCGGGGUUUUCUGGCCCUCCGAACCAAACCAGAGCGAAGGCGACGGCUUUGCUAGACAAGCCACUUCGUCCCCCAAAGCAAAACGUUUUAAGAUCCGUCAACCUCUUUCCCCAAAAGCCAAUUUCUCGGCAAUGACCUCUGAGCAGGACUCCGGCGCCCAGCCCUUGUACGACGUGCCGGUCAAAACGGCAAGGAGGACGGUGUCUUUAGCCGUGCCUUGGAGCACCUUAACGAACCGAAUCCAGAAGCAACUGAAGCGCCAGGAGACCGAAGGAGAAAUGUUGAAAUUCAGAAAAUUCAGGGCAAAGAUUAACCCGGGAGAAAACAAAACGGCGGAGGAUGAAUUGAGAAAGGAAAUAAGGAAAGAGAUGUUUGCCAAAAUGGAUGUCGUUGGCCAAUUUAAUCUGGGAUUCAUCAUCGCCAAGCUGAAAUCUGACCUCUUCAUCAUCGAUCAGCACGCUACCGAUGAAAAAUACAACUUUGAGAUGCUACAGCAGCACACCGUCCUGGAGGGGCAGAAGCUGAUUAAGCCUCAAAAUCUUAAUUUAACCGCUGUGAGUGAAAGUAUCCUGAUGGAUAAUCUGGAGAUUUUCCAAAAAAAUGGAUUUGAUUUUGUGGUUGACGAAAACGCUCCUGUAACUCAAAGAGUGAAGCUCGUAUCGUUACCAACCAGCAAAAACUGGACUUUUGGUCCUCAAGACGUAGAAGAAUUAAUCUUUAUGUUAAGCGAUUCUCCGGGAAUCAUGUGCAGGCCAUCCAGAGUGAGGCAAAUGUUUGCCUCUCGAGCAUGUCGGAAAUCCGUGAUGAUUGGAACUGCCCUCACGGACGGUGAAAUGAAGAAACUGAUAUCUCACAUGGGCGAAAUUGAGCAUCCUUGGAACUGUCCGCAUGGCAGACCCACCAUACGGCAUUUAGUCAACCUGGACCUCCUUACACAAGAGUGACUGGCUACUUAGCACUUACAUUAUUGGGGAACACAACCACAGUCUCGUUUUAGAAACUGGCUAUCGCAAAGCUCUCGAUUUUGCUGGACCGGUAGCUUAAAUCAUGGUUUCGUGUUGCAAAAGAAGAACAUGGGAAGUUUUUUUUCUUCUUCUUCUCUCUUCCUCUCUCAAAUGGGUCAUAUAGACACCAUAAUUUUCCAUCUCCUGCCCUCCGAAAAGAGACUUUUCCCAUUUUUGUUUGAAAAAGCGAUCAGAAAAUAGAGAUAUUUUUUUCUUCCACCAAAUGGGCUGGUUUUAUCGCUGCCAUUGUAGAAAUACUGGCUUUAUGUCCAUUUUAUCAAUUUCCUCUGGACUGAAAGAAUUAAGUGUACAUAACUGACUUUUUAGAGGACUUCCUGUUUUAGAGCAGACCUGUUUUGUAAAUAAAGAUUUUUUUAAAAAUUA